AUGAACUUCCCUGCCUCCAAAAUCCAUCAUCCCCAAGGGUCUCAUACUCAUACUGUCAUCCUGCUGCACGGCCGCGGCAGUGAUGGGCCCGAGUUCGCCGAAGAUAUUUUCUCAUCUACAGCCUCCAAUGGCCGAAGUCUGUCCGCCUCUCUACCUACCUACCGUUGGGUCUUUCCAACCUCACGCGACCGAUGGAGCACCGCAUUCCAAGAAGAGAUGUGCUCCUGGUUCGAUGCCUAUUCCUUAGGCGAUAUACAAGCAAGAAAGGACCUGCAAAAGGACGGAUUGCGAGAAUCGGUUUUGCAUAUUCUUGAUAUUCUAGAGGCAGAAGCUAGGCUCCUAGAUGGGCAGCUUACUCGUAUCUAUCUCGGAGGUAUUAGCCAGGGUAUGGCAACAUCAUUGUGGACAUUUUUCGCUGCAAUUGGAACGGGUAGAAUUCAUGGACCACUAGCCGGUCUGCUGGGGUUUUGUGGCUGGUUGCCCUUCACACAGCAGCUGGAGGAAUUGUUAUACAAGUCGACAGCCACCACCCCUCAUAAUCCUGACAGCCCUCAGAUACAGCGUCUGGUAUCUGGAUUUUUUGAUGAGAUUAUCGGUCAUCAAGCAUCCCAGGAUGAGAAACUUGUGGACCUCUCUAUCCUGUCAACUCCUGUGUUUCUGAGUCAUGGAACUGACGAUGCGUGGGUAUCCGUGGAUCUUGGACGGCAGGCAUCUCAGAUUUUACGAAAGAUCAUGCCUCACGUCGAAUGGAACGAGUUCACUGGAGCAGAAAAUGACGGUCAUUGGAUAAAGCAGCCUGACGGAUUCGACCGGAUUCUUCAAUUCUUCGAGAGAUCCUCUACUGACUUCUGCCCAACAAACCGGCCUGGAGGGCUUUAA